UCCAUUUUGUUACUCCAUUGAAUGCAAGAAGGAUAGAAUGACAUUCGUGUUGACUGUGUCACUAAAGGAAAGCAGCCAUCACAGUUUGCUAUCACAGACUAUUUUAAACGUCUUUCUUGCAGCCGAAAGCCUAAUCUGCGCCGGAAAUGGCGACAGUUCCAAUAAUAAAGUGUACCUCGAACGAACGACUAUCCGGCACAAGAUUGAUGAACGAAAAGGAAGAUGAAAAACCGGAAAAAAAAUUGACAGUGCUGGAGUCGCAUGGUUAUGCUCUCGGGAAGACUAUAGGAGCUGGAUCAUAUGCCACAGUUAAAAUCGCGAAAUCUGAUCGCCACGAGUGCCAAGUGGCGGUGAAGAUAGUUUCGAAAUUCCAAGCGCCUGGAGAGUAUCUCACGAAAUUCCUGCCUCGUGAAAUCGAAGUGGUCAAAGGAUUAAAGCAUCCACAUCUGAUUCGCUUCCUGCAGGCCAUAGAAACCACGCAUCGAGUGUACAUUAUUAUGGAAUACGCGCAGAACGGUAGUUUGCUCGACGUCAUACGCCACGACACUUACAUCGACGAGCAGCGUAGUCGCAAGUGGUUCCGGCAACUUCUGGAAGCCAUUGAUUAUUGUCACGAUCAUGGUAUAGUGCAUAGGGACAUCAAGUGUGAGAAUCUGCUCAUGGAUUAUCACUUCAAUGUCAAAUUGUCGGACUUCGGGUUCGCGCGGGGACAAAUGAAGCCGAAGAACGGCGAGUGGCCUCUCAGUACGACCUACUGCGGAAGUUACGCUUACGCGUCGCCCGAAAUUCUGCGGGGCAUCCCGUAUCAGCCGCAGCUCUCGGAUGUAUGGUCCAUGGGUGUGGUGCUCUACGCUAUGGUUUACGGUCGGCUGCCGUUUGACGAUACAAAUCACGUGCAACUACUAAAGGGAAUAUUUGCAAUGCCAGCAACUAAGGAAUCCAAAGUGUUUGAUGAAGAUAUGGUAACAAUUCCUUCCACAAUCUUUCCAAGAAAUAAAAAAUCUAGAGCUGUCACUAUCGAUAAGACCAAUAAAACGCAAUAAGAUCAACUUAAAAUACGA